ACACCACAGAGCCUGAAAUCGGCUACACACACGCGAAUUGAACCAGCCGCUAGCCCCGCGCCUUUUGCGGCCAUGAUCAAGCUGAGCUACUCCAAGAGGCUCUUCAAGAGGAUCUCCUCCACGUCCAAUAAGCAGCAGGCGGCCGCUUCCGGCGGCGGCGGUGACAAUGGCAGCGCGGCCGCGGCCGGCGGAGGAGGCGCCCGGGAGAUCGAGUGGGAGGUGCGGCCGGGAGGGAUGCUGGUGCAGAAGAGGGACGGGAGGGGCGGCCGGGAGACGGUCGCCGUCAGGGUUUCCACCGGCUUCUCCUGGCAUGAUGUGUCCAUCGGAGCCACCUCCACUUUUGGGGAGCUGAAGGUGAUGCUGUCCAUGGUAACAGGGCUAGAGCCACGGGAGCAGAGGCUGCUGUUCAGGGGCAAAGAGAGGAACGACACCGACCACCUCCACAUGGUUGGGGUGAGGGACAAGGACAAGGUCCUCCUACUAGAGGACCCGGCCCUCAAGGACAUGAAGCUCCGGGCUCUGUCGGCUCGAGUCGUGCCGAGGCCGUGCCAGUCUUUUAUCCAAGUGUAACUUCCCGCUACCAUGCUAACUGUUACCACUAUACUUGUUAGUUGUGUAAUAUCCUACUGCUGUUUUAGUCCCACCACCAAGGUACUUUUAGUUUCUGGAAAGCCUUUUUAAAUAUCCGGAAUCCGAGGGGUUUGCUCUCUAAACCACUCUGUCUUUAGUGCCACUCCAUGGAAGGGUCCCUGAAGACGAGAGUCAGCCAUGGUGGCUGUGAUGUGAUUUGGAGCCUAGUGUUUGGGAUGUUUUUUAUGGUCCCUACUACUACUACCGUGGUCACUUCUCAUUCCUACCUACUACAUGCAUGGGUCAUGAGUAGGCAUGAGUGAUAAAAAUUGUAUGUACGUAC